GGGAGGUCACAGCGGCGUCAGCAUGAGCCUGCCCCUGACCAUGUGCAGGAAACAUUCAGGGGCCGCUCCCCUGUGUACCAUUACGUGGUUGUCAGCCAGAAGGUCGACAACAAGGGGGUCAUGAUGCUGCGUUGCACUUUUUGCAACAAAGUAUUUCAGGGGAGCCAAUUCCAGGCGACGAGGCAUUUCACGCAGACGAACUACUGCAAGGACGUUAGCGACGAGGCUUUGUACGAGAUCGCGCGACGGAGUCAACAGAAGUUCGAGAGCGAUCAAAUGGAGAGGGUUGCCAGGUACGCAGCGGAGCGCGGAGUCGAUGUGCCUGACACAGGUGGUGUGAGGGGAGGAGAGGCGGGGCGGCAGCCCGUGGAGGGAGCGUCAGGAGGGGUCGGGGGAGAUGGUGGAGGUGGAGAUACGGAGGAGGGCGUGAUCGACGUCGAUCGCGAGGCGCGUAUCCCGAGCGAGCAGGGAGUCCCGGGACACGAGGACAUGCCUGAGGUUUAUCCAGGCACUGGGGAGAGGAUGGAGGACUUUUUGAGGCGAGCAGCCAAGGAAACUGUAGGGGAGGGUUCUUCCAAGAGGAAGGAAGGUGGAACAGAUCCGGCCGCCGCCCCAGCUGGGAAGAGGCAUCACCAGCAGAAGGUCACUGACGUCUAUGAUGGCGAGUGGGUUGCUCACCACAAGAAGACAUUCCUUCGCUGGCUCUAUUCCAGCGGGGUCCCCUUCAAUGCCUUCCGCAACCAGGCUUGGAAGGCAUACCAGCAGGUCCUUCUUGAGCAGCCCGGGAGUUCCCCGCGCGCUGUGCUCCCCAGCGACAGCGAGAUUGCGAGUAUGCAGGCGGUGCAGACCUACCGUGAGGAGCUGGCGGAGGAGUUGGAGGAGGUGAGGCUUCCAUUCUGGAUUACUGAUGCCACCCUCCUCUCCGACGGGAGGAAAUCACGAGACGGAAGACCGAUCGUGAAUUUCCUUGUUGCCGGCUUGCGAGGGGUCGUCGUCUACACGACGAUCAAUCGCGAGGGCGAGCCGGACGAUGCAGUGCACGUCCUUCGGAGAUGGGUGACCAUCUUCCACGAGUUCAGUGCGGCAGCCCGCAGCGGGUCAAUGCGAUAUGCACAGACUCCGCAUCGGCACAUAGAUUUGGAUUCCACCCGCCGUGUCACGGAGCACACUGCACGUCUACAGCCGGGUUUGGGACCCCGCGACCGCAGGAUGACCGCCGCGAGGGAGGUGGCAGCAUCAGGUUGUGAGCCUCAGCGAGGUUGCGACAGAGGAGUGUCCGACGAUAGCUUGGAGUACGCUUUGAUGGCAGCGACGCGUGCCGUACAUGAGCAGACUCCACGCAAGCACGGAGUGCCUCCUCGUCCACGCCCCGUGCCCGCAGAGGGAGGAGAUGCACUUGGAGAGACUUCGGGGGCAGAGGGGUUGGGGAUGCCUCGUGGAUCGCGCCGUGAGCAGACGGUUACAGAGGCUAGUGCGAGGGUUGUUGUGUUGAGGAAGGCAGGAGCCGCUGUCACCAUCGAGGAGGAUGCUCCUGAGACAGAUGUGACAGUGCGGGAGGAGGACGAGGACUAUGAGGGCGAGGAGGAGGGAGAGGAGGAGAGCGAGAGAGGUUCCAAUGGUGACUACGACCACGACGAGCACGAGCCCCCACCUCCCCCACCGAAAGGUGCAGCCAGACGGCGCGCUGCGCAGACUCCUUCAUCAUCAUGAGGGAGGAGGAGUUCGACAUCCGGCACGCGAGGGGGUACGAGGAGACAGAGCGGGAAGGGGAAGAAGCGUCGUUGGCUGAUGAGGCCAACACU